AUGAAACUAGGAAAACAAAGCCCAUUUUUAUUUCUGAAUGUAGGUUGUAAGUUUAAUGUUGCAGUUUAUUUAUUCAUUUUUCUUGCAUCUGUUUUGAUUCUGUGCUGUGGACACCAGUUCUAUAGGGCCUACACUGACAGAGUUUGAAAUAAUGCAACAAUUAUCUUAAUUUAUACAGAAUCUUCCCAGCAAAAAGACCUGCGCAAUUUGAGUGCUGACACAUGCACUUUAAAGAUCUCAGGGACUGAAGUUGGAGCACAUAAGACAGGAAAUGGACUUCAGACCGAAAGAAGAGAUGCAGAAUCAGUGUGUUGUAAAUAUGAGAACAGAGCAGUGCUGUGGGGAGCACAGAAAGAGAUUGGAGCUGUUUUGCCAGGAGGAUGAGGCCUUUAUUUGUGUCCUUUGUGUUCCCAGACAUUCCAGCCACAGUUUUCUGUUCCUGCAUGAGGCACUCAGUGUGUAUAAGGACAAGCUAAAAACAGCCUUAUCAUCCCUGGAAUUAAAAUUCGAGCAUCUUAAAGAUCAGCAGAAGACAAAUGAGAAGGAACUCCUGGACAUACAUGAUGAUGCUUAUAGUUUGGAACAAUACGUCAUACAAGAGUUUACAAAACUGCACCUGUUACUACAUGACUGGGAGCAAAAAUUACUCCAACAGCUUAAAAAUAACAAUGUGGCAGUUCUAAAACAGAAGGAAGAAAACCUUGAAUGUACAAAACAUGAUGCUGUGGUCACCAGUGUGAAAGUACCCACUGGCAGCUUGGAGUUCAGGAAGGAAAUAACACUGACUCUGGAAGAGAUGAAAGAAAAUGCUGAAAACAUUAAAAGUGAUGUUACUGCAACAUGUAAAGCAUUGUAUGAUAAGUCGGAGCCUAUAAAACAGAAGACUGUUGAUAUUCUAACUGUUCCAGAAAGCUUUGAGGAUCUAGCUGUCAUGUUUUCAGAAGAAGAGUGGAAGAUGUUAAGAAAACAAGACAAGGAGCUUCACCGAGAAGUGAUGAUACAGAACUAUGAAACACUGAUUUCAGUAGGACAUGCAAGAUAAGAGCAAGGCCGAGGAGUUAUUCUUCUGGAACGGAAUGUUUGAAACAUGGGGAAACAAGCUGUUAACAAACUGUCAGCAGCCCAGCUUCAUGGGAAAGACUUAUUAUUCUAGCAUAUUCUCUAAACUUCUGAUUUUAGCAAGAAAGAGACUAUAAAGUUUGGACUUCUUUUGUAUGAGAGACAUUGAUUCUUACAGGCAUGAUUCUGUAAAGCUGAAGUACAGUUUUGUUACAUGUGUAUCUUUCAUUGUUAUACUAGAUGUUAGCUUGUAUGCAGUAAAGGAAUGUUCAUAUCAGA